GUAGGGAAGCUUGCACACUACGGUUUUGACUUGGUUUUAGUAUCAAUUAUUCUCGCUGGUAUACAUCGAAACACUGGGUUGGUAUUCGAUACAUCCCACUUCUCAUCCGUUGACUUUAGGAAAUGGUUUGGUCAGUAUCUAGCUUUUGGGGAGCGCUGCUUUGAUAGAACCGUGUCUCUUUUGAGGUUCUCCGGGUACUUCAAGCAAAAAAAUAUAACGUCAGAGUCUGCCCACCAGAAAACUUGUGCAGACAUUGAUAACUCGAUGGGGUAA